CUCCUCUUCCGCCACCACCUCUCCUCCUCCCUCUGCCACCCUAAUUUCCUAAACAAUAUAAUAUCUUUUAUAUACAUAUAAAGCUAUUAGCAGCUCUGGAUCAUCACUUAAAUUAGAAGCAAGCCAAAAAUGAGUAAAGUUGGGGGUUUCACGGCGGCCGCCCCGGCAUCACCGACGGCGCCACGGUCGCCGUGGCACUCGCCGGUGCCGUAUCUUUUCGGAGGCUUGGCUGCCAUGUUGGGUCUCAUUGCUUUUGCGCUUCUUAUCCUUGCCUGCUCCUACUGGCGCCUCUCCGGCUACCUGGAAAACAACGGCAACGACGACGACCGGGACCUCGAGGCCGGCGGUGACGACGGCAAUGGCGACAACCCCGCGAAGGCGGCGGCGGCGCCGGUGUUGGAAGAAAAGGUUUUGGUGAUCAUGGCUGGGCAGGAGAAGCCUACUUUUCUGGCUACGCCUGUGCCCAGUAGAGCAUCCUCGUUCGGGAGUAAUAGCAGCUGUUGUUGUAGUACGCAAAGCACUGAAAGUAGUACCACUGAAAAAUCUGAACACGAAGAGAAUCUAGAGAAACAUCAUCUGGAAAUGGGGAAUAUGGUGGGCCACUAGACAGCAUAUUAGCCUAUUAGGUCUUCUUAAUUUAAUAGGACGAUUCAGUCAAGUUGAUCGAGCUGUUUAGUUAAGUUCAUCAACUAGUUAAUUUUUAACUACAAAAUUUUAAAUUUAACUUUUCGUGAGAGUGUCUAUUAAUCUUCUUGAUUUAAACGGAUCAGUUAUGGAUCUAUAAACAUUCAGAUAGUGAUUAUGGGAUAAAACACUACGAUACCCUUUGACAUAUAGUACAUACAUGUUUUAGUGUCUUAACUAUAUGGUUGUUGAUGUUUUCUUUGUAACUUUAAUUCUAGGAAGUGAUGAUUUUGAAAAUGGUUUGACUUUGACCCAAAAAAAAAAAAAAAGAAAAAAGAGUGGGAUUUGAUGAUGAGUUAACCAAUUGUGGGGGGUGUUUGCAAGUAGGACCAUAUAUUAUAUGUUUCUUCAAUUGUUUUUUUAUUUUUCUAUCUUCUGAAUGAUUUAAUUCCGGAAGUGCAUGUAUAUAUGUUUUGGAGAAUGAGAAUGUAUGCGAAUGUUUUCUUAUCUUGACUUA